AUGUUUGUUCUGUCAACGAUAAGCCAUAUUGUAGAGAUUGCUCCAAAUGUUCUUGGUGAAGAUUUUGUGCCAACAUUAGUCGGAAAAAUAAAUAAACAAUUUGCUAAUUAUGUAAUUCCAGAUGUUGGUCUUUGCAUAACUUUUUAUGAUUUUAAAAAGAUUGGGGAUUCUUUCAUUCUUCCUGGCAAUGCUUCUACUCACACUCCAAUAAUUUUUCGUUAUGUUGUUUUCCAACCAUUUAUUAAUGAAAUUCUUGAAGGAAUUAUAUCACAAUCUAAUAGAGAUGGAUUAACUUUAACUUUACAUUUUUUCAAUGAUAUUAAAGUUGCGCCUGAUAAACUUCCAGACAUUUCAAAAUUUGACGAGAAGGUCCAAAUAUGGUAUUGGGAAUAUCAGAAUGACGACACAGUUACUCAGUUUUAUAUGGAUCCAGGAAGGCGUGUUAGGUUUAAAGUAGUUUCUGUCAAAUAUCACAGUUUGGAGCCGGGAACUUCAAGCGAUUCAACAAGUGCCAUGACAAUUGAGGCUUCUAUGCUUGAUAUGGGACUUGGAUGUGUUGAUUGGUGGGAUCCCGCUGUUUCUGAUGAGGUUAAACAAGAAAUGAAUGAGAAUGAGGAACAGACUGAAUCUUAA